AUGUGUUACACAGCUCGAGUUCAUUUCCAGCAACACCUUGUUGCGGGCGUCGCAGUCAUCGCAGGCGUCGCGGGCACCAUGUCGCAGCACCACCCAAAUAUGGCAAAAGAAGACGACCGCGACAGAUCAGUACUAGUGCCAGAAUAUUAUGCACUAGCGAUGGUCAAAUUCAUCAGUCUACUACGUCACAAGGACAACCACCAAACCGCCGCCGACGUUGGCGAAGAUUGGAAUCAUUUGAACAAACAAAGGCAGCGCGCGAGGAAGGGAAAGUACCUGCCUGUCAGGAAAUUUGGAGAAGAGGAUCAGAUGAACGAAGAGUUUGCCAAGGAGUACUUGAACCCUCAGUACGUACUCAAUGCUGCGCGGAUUUCAACUUCGACAUUUCAACGGGUCGCCUUUCCAGCAAACAUCAAGCUCCCCACCCAGAAGACCAUUGCACCACCAAAAGCUGCAUUCCAGACAAUGGGGCCGACUUCCCCAGUGGUGUUGUCAACACGUGGUAUGGACCCGAGAAAAGCAGCGCAAGGCAAAGGAGGUGCACGAAGAUAG